AUGCCUUCUUCAUUAUGGUUAGGCUUAGGCCGCUUCGGCCUCCUUCUACUGGCCACCAGCCAGCUCGUUGUUGCUUCAGUCCCUCUGGAUCUCUGUGCCAAGUUUAACACUGCAGAGACUCCAAGAAACAUCAGUAUCUACCAGACCAACGGACUCUGCAAAGAUUUUUGCACGAAAGACUAUGCCUACGCGAUUACUCAGCAACAGUAUUGCUGGUGUUCCAACUACACGCCGUCGAAAUCCGAUCAAGUUGACAUGGACCAAUGCAAUAUUAAUUGUCCUGCUUAUCCCGAUGAAAAGUGCGGCGGCAAGGGCGUUUUCGGCUACGUCGAGCUUGACGCUCAUCUCCCCUCUGGCACCAGAAGCAGUGAUUCUAGCUCUGCUUCAAGUACUAGUGUAAGUUGUCUUUUCUCUUCUAUCACAAUGACCCCGGCCCGACACAUGUCCGCUUCGUAUUUUCCUGACCAGCAGUGUGGCCAGUUCCUCAUCUUCGACGUCCUCCUCCACAACAACCACUACCACGUCGUCAACGUCGUCUUCGUCGUCUUCCCGGACCUCAACUCUAACUUGACCAAUUUUCAGGCGGAUUCAUCAACACUAAUAACGUCCAUAUCACAGCCGACCUCGAUGAUUCAUACCGUUACUACUGAUACUGGAGGCGUCAUCAAGACGGUUACUAUUAUGCCAACCGUCACCGGCGACUUAGAGGGUGGCAGUCAGGGAUCAUCUGGCAGUUCAAGCAAGCUUGCAGGUGGCGCAAUUGCCGGGAUUGUCAUCGGCAUUGUCGCUGCGCUAUUGUUUGGCAUAGGCCUGGCAUUCUUCCUUUAUCGGCGCCGGAAACAGAACGAAAGCAAGGCUGACUACCAAGGCGACCCGAGCGUCCGUGGUAGUUCCUCGGAAAGAAUGAGCUCGAUUCGCCCGGAGAUGAGCAUGACAGGGGCAUCUGCGGCGUCGCCUACGCAAAAUAGUAAUCGAAACAGCACGUUGCAGAUUGACCCUCGUAUGGAUCCUUUCAAGCAGAAUCUAUACGCCCGCUCAGGAAGUCACGAAAGCAUCAACACCCUCCGAGACGAUCAUGAUUAUUCGAGGAGGAUUCAACAACCGAAAGUCUUAAGGGCAACGAACCCCGACCCUGAGUAA